UACCUCCCCAUCGUGAAGGAGGUGAUAGGCUUUCGUAUCCCAGAAACGACCACUUUACACUACGUCGAGCGAUGCGGAUCCGGCUUUGGGGAUAGACUAGGAGUGACUCUUGCAUCAAAUACCGGAACGAUCAGUAUGCGCCUGUGUUACUUGUUGGCUACCGGAAGGACCUGGGCUGGGAUGCGAUGAUGGAGAUGUCUUUCAAAGACGACAUCCAUCUUGUGCAAAGAUACGCUGCGACGAAUAGCGCGGAAGGCCAGCGCAUAAGAGAUGCGCAGGAAGAGUUUACAAUGCCUGAUGUCAUGAAAGUUUUCUGGAUGAAUCGUACUGUAAUGACAGAUAGUAAUAUGGGUUGAUCGAGCGAUAAGUACCCAUUGCAAAAUCAUCAAAUGCUUCGCUUUCUCAAUGCAUUGGGUAAAGCUCCAAAUGCGGCAAUAUAAAUUUAGUGAGACGCAGCGUAAGACAUGCUCCUUAAUUGAGCUGCAAAAACCAGCAUAGCUGACAUUCUGGUCCUGGUAGUAACAUCGAUGCUGGUUGC